GUUCCUUCCGCCCCCCCCUUCCCCUCCUCAUAAGGGGCGAGGCCGCGGCCGCGGAGGAGGCUUUACGAACAAACGAGCCAUAGUCCCCAAAAGCCAACACACACACACAAACCCAGGCAGGCGAUAGCGAGCGCGCCCUCGCCCGCGCCCGCGCCCGCGCCAAGGCCACGACGCGAGGUGUGGAGCCCCCAAUCCCGGAAGCUUCCGGGGCCGCGCGCAGGGGGAGGGGGGAGCUCACCGCCGGUGACCGAGCCCUCGCCGCCGGCGGAUCUCCCGAUCUGAGGGCGCCGCUAUUCAAUUCCCCGCAGGGUUUUGCGGCGCCGGCGACGGAGAUGAGCGUGGAGAGCCCCGGGGAGCUAGGGUUCUGAAGCGCACCGUGGGGCACAGCGUGGCGGACGACGGCGGGCCCCGGCAGCCUCCUAGGUUUUCCAUGGGAGAUGGGGGAGUCGCGUGCGCCGUCCGCGCAGUCGAGGGCUUCCGUGCCGGCGCCCUCGUGAGGAGAGGAGGAGCGGGAGAAGCGAUGCCGGACAAGGGGGAGAGGGCUCAGGCUCAUGGCCACCACCACCACCACCGGAAGAACCAGCAGUCGACGACAGCUGCUGACCUGGAGGAGGGUGAGCUGCUCAAUGGGGAGGCCGACACCAAUGGGUUGCCUGAGAGGAGCAUGCCACCUAAGAAGUGGAGGAAGGUCCUGGCAGCCUCUGCAGCAGCUGCUGCCGAGGUGGAGCCUGGGGAGAUCGUGAGUACGAAGCAAGCAGUGCCAUUGAAGAAGGCAAGGAGGAACGGGGAUGUUGAGAAGGUAGAGCUGCUGCCGGAGAGGCAGAGGAAGGAGAAGUCUUCUGGGAAGAGCACCAGGAAGCCUAUCAAGGAUGAAGUGGAGCCAGGGGAGAUUGCACCGUCUGAAAAAAGGCGGGAUGCUAAGUCCCAGCAGGCUGAUGAUAAUGGCAGGAGGCCAGGUUCAUCUGCCCAGAAAGGCUCCUUGCGGGAUUCUGAUGAAGAGCCUGGUGAAAUUAAGCCAGAGAGCAGCAUCAGUGGCAGUGCAAGGAAGAACCGGCCAACGGAGCCUCAGAGCAUUAACCACAAGCACCACGCUGACACCUCUGAUCAGUCAGGAUCAAAAAGUCGCAGGAAGGGAGAAGGGAAGAGUUUAUCUGCCUCCAGACAUUUGUCUGGGAGAAAUCGUGAGGUCUCGCCACCGACACGGGAUCGGCGUGAUAGGCACGAGAGGAGCCCAGGCAUCUUGGGCCGUUUUCCUCAUGAUCGCUUUCGUCAUGACAGGUAUGACAGGAGCCCGAGCCGCUUGGAGCGUUCCCCGCACCGGGAGCGUGGUCGCCAGUACGAUAGCAGGGACCGCAGUCCAUUUAUUUCACCUCGACAUAGACCUCGUCAUCCCCAUUUGAGGGAUAACACACCAAGUCGUGUUGAGAAUUCCCCUCGUGGGAGGGUCCAGCAUGAGGAUGUCAGAGACCGUAGCCCAUUUCGUCAUGACAAAUCGCCUUCUGAACGUUGUCGGCCUACUGACACUCACGAAGCAAGCAAGAAGAGCAGAAGUGGCAGCAGCUCAGAAAAGUCACAGCACAAAAGCAAAUCAGCAAAGCAAUCUUCAAAGACCAAGAGUGGUAGCAAUGGGAAGAAUGAGGAGAAAAUCUCCAAAGAAAAGCCCACUGAAAGCAGUCAGUACACUGAACUGCCACCACCACCUCCACUACCACCGCCACCACCUCCGCCUCCGCCACCUCCGCCUCUGCCACCUGCGGUGCCGCCUCCCCUGCCUCCAUCACCAGAUCCUGAGCCUACUGGAGUUCUAGCUGAAGAUAUGAUAGAAGACAUGGAUAUCUGUGACACUCCACCUCACACUAGUGGAGCACCUGAACCCACCGAACCAAUUUGUGAUAUAGGGAGGUGGUUUUACCUUGAUCACUUUGGUAUCGAGCAAGGACCUUCCAAGCUUGCUGAGUUGAAGAAGCUGGUGGAAGAUGGAUAUCUUCUUUCUGAUCAUCUGAUAAAACAUGCUGAUAGCAACCGAUGGGUGACCGUAGAGAAUGCAGCUUCACCACUGGUGCCAUCUGAUUUCCCCUCUUUAUAUUCGGACACAUCAACACAGAUGGUUAACCCACCAGAAGCCCCAGGAAAUUUGCUCGAUGAAGCUCUAGAGGAAGCUUCUAACUUGGCAUCAGGUGCUGAGGAUAAACAAAUGGAUGAAGCUUCUGCAGAAGAUAGUGAGGAAUUCUACAUUGAUGAUAGGGUUGAAGCACUGAUGGAUGGAUCGAUUUUGGUCCAUGGCCAGGAGCUGGAGAUCAUUGGAGAGCUUUUAGGCGCAGAUUUUCAGCCUGCUGAUUGGCAAAGUUGGAGUCACCCUGAAGAUUUUACUAGGUUCCAUGUGCACACUGAAGGAGAUGAUGGAAUCAAUGGAGGCACGGAAUUCUUAGAAAACAGAGCAACAGAUGCUUAUGGCCUUGUUUCUGUGGAGAAGAACAACUUUCAUCAUUAUGUUGAGUCUAGCGAAUGGUUUUCUGGGAGAUGGUCUUGCAAAGGUGGUGACUGGAUGAGAAAUGACGAAUUGAGCCAAGAUACUCCAUUCAGAAAAAAACUUGUUCUCAAUGAAGGGUAUCCUCUGUGUCAAAUGCCAAAAGGUAGCUAUGAGGAUCCACGCAGGCCCUGCAAGGAUGAGUUGUACUACCCUGUACGUGCUAAAAAGCAUGACCUGCCAUUGUGGGCAUUCUCAUCGACCGAAGAAGAUACUGAUAGUGUUAAUGACACCACUAAAAGUGGUGUUGUACCCGGGAGGCCAGGUCAGACCAGACAGCCUCCUAGGGGAGUGAAGGGCAUGAUGCUUCCAGUGGUUAGGAUAAAUUCUCGUGUUGUCAAAGACCAAUCAUCUGUUGAACCCCGUACAAAACCUAGAGGAACUGAUCGACCACUGUCGAGAUCUUCACGCUCCCAUUCAAUUGGGGCCGAGAGAAGUUCUGUCCAUGAAGGUUCAACGCACAGGAAGCACCAUGACCAUGAUUCACAAAGUUUGCACAAGUCCAAGUCUGUUCCAAACAUUCCAAAGGACCGUGUAUGCACUGUUGAUGAGCUAUCAGUUAAUCGGGGUGACUGGUACUACCUUGAUGGCACUGGGCAUGAGCAUGGUCCAUUUUCUUAUUCCGAAUUGCAAGAAUUAGUUAAAAAGGGCACUAUCAUUGAACAAAGUAGUGUGUUCCGUAAGAUUGAUAACACAUGGUUUCCAGUUCUGAAGGAUUUAAAACCUGGAAGCUCUGUUCCCAGUGCAGCAAGAAGCUCAAAUUCUACUGCUGCUCUUAUGCACCCAGACCAAUAUAAUUUUGGUGUGAACCAAGGAUCAGGUAGCUUCCAUGAGUUGCACCCCCAAUUUGUGGGUUAUACACGUGGUAAAUUACAUGAACUAGUCAUGAAAUAUUUCAAGAGCAGGGAACUUACUUUAGCUAUAAAUGAGGUCUUGGACCCAUGGAUUUCAGCAAAACAACCAAAAAAAGAGUUUGAAGCAUACUUUUCUCACAAUUCAGCAUCUAGGAAUUUCCUGCCAGAAGAUGGUGGGUCUGCAAAAAGGGCCAAGUUGCUACCUGAUCAGAGUGAUGAAGAUAUUCAUUUGUCAGAAGACAUUCUUGCCAGUCGGAAGGAGGACAUCUGUUUUGAAGAGUUAUGUGAUGGAGCAUCAUCUUCUGUUGAUAAUGAUUCUGUGAAUCCCAGAGCAGGAAAUGAAAGCUGGGGUUUACUAAACGGCCAUGUGUUAGCAAGAAUCUUCCAUUUUAUGAGGGCAGAUGUGAAAUCACUUAUUUCUUCUGCAGCUACCUGUAGGAGCUGGAAUGCUGCCGCGAAGUAUUACAGGAACAUGUGUAGAUUCAUUGAUCUGUCUUCUGUUGGCCCUCUUUGCACUGAUUCUGUGUUUUGUGAUAUUAUGGCUGGUUAUGAGAAGCAAAAUAUUAGGACUCUUAUUUUAGCUGGUUGUUCGAAUCUUAGUUCACAUGCCCUUGGCAGAGUACUUGAGCAGCUUCCACAAAUAUCUUAUGUUCACAUUCAAGGUUGCGGUCAUCUAGGGGAUCUGAAAAGUAAAUUUCAGCAUGUAAAAUGGAUCAGGAGCUCAUUGAAUCCAGAGGAGUCAUAUCAGAAAAUGAAAACCUUGAAGCAGAUAGGUGAUGGGAACAACUACACAUCCAAAGUUGCAAGGAACUUCACCAGUCAGCUGGAUGGUUCUGAUGAGCUUGAUGGUUAUUUUGCUGAUAUUUCAAAUAGAGAGAAUGCUAACCUUUCAUUUGGACAAGGUUUCUAUAAACGAUCAAAAUUGCUUGAUGCUAGAAAGUCCUCUGCGGUUUUGUCAAGGGAUGCAGAAAUGAGGCGUUUGAUGCAGAGACAGGCAGAGAACAGUUAUAGGAAGAUGGAAGAGUUUGUCAUAAACAGACUGAGAGAAAUUAUGAGGAGUAACAGAUUUGAUUUUUUCAUUCCAAAGGUUGCCAAGAUCGAAGGUAGGUUGAAAAAUGGGUAUUAUGCUCGCCAUGGCUUUCGUACCAUCAAGCAUGACAUCCGUACCAUGUGCCAAGAUGCAUUGAGAUAUAAAGAUGGCAAUGAUUCGGGAGAUAUAAAGCAAAUUGUUGUCUCCUUCAUACAGCUAGCAAAGAGACUAGGGAACCCAAGGCACAUUUCUGAGAGAAAUGGAGCAGCAGCCCAUGACAGUCUGGACAUUAGUCAAUAUUCAUUUGAUACUAAACUCAAAAAGAAGCAAAACAAAACAAGAGGAGCAAAUUUGGUGGCUGCUGGAGCAGAUAAUUCAUCUCGUGCAUUUGACCUUGAAAUCAAAAGGAGCCUGUCUAAAUUAAAGAAAAAGGAUGUCUACUCUGGUAGUGAAACAUCUGAUGAUGAUGAUGUCUACUCUGAAGGUGAUGAAACUGAGAGCGAAACUACCGUUUCUGAUACCGAGAGUGACCUUGAUGUAAAUUCUGGAGCCUGGGACUUAAAAGGAAACGGUCUAAAGUUAAUUGAACCUGGGGAAUCUGUGACCGAUGAUCGUAUAUUGGGUGCCCGCAUGACAAAGGCCAGCCUUGUUCCACCAGUUACUAGGAAGUAUGAAGUUAUUGAGGAGUACCUUAUUGUAGCAGAUGUGGAGGAAGUACAACGAAAAAUGAGAGUUGCUUUACCUGAUGACUAUUCUGAGAAGUUGCUGUCACAGAAGAAUGGCACUGAAAAUUUGGAGCUUCCAGAGGUUAAGGAUUAUCAACCCCGAAAAGUAGCAGGAGAUGAAAUUCUUGAGCAAGAAGUAUAUGGCAUAGAUCCAUACACACACAAUCUACUGAGUGACAUCAUGCCUGCUGAUCUUGAGUUGUCACCUACUGACAAGCAUAUCUUUAUCGAGGAGUUGCUUCUGAAUACAUUGAAUAAGCAAGUUAAGCGUUUCACUGGUUCGGGAAAUACCCCUAUGACUUAUAACCUUAGGCCUGUCAUUGAAGAAAUCCAAAGGUCUGCGGAGGAUAAUGGUGACAGACGAACUUCAAAGAUGUGCUUGGGGAUGCUAAAGACCAUGAGAAAUCGAUCUGAUCAGAACUUUGUCGCUUAUAGAAAGGGUCUUGGUGUUGUUUGCAACAAAAAAGGUGGAUUUGGUGUAGAUGACUUUGUUGUCGAGUUCUUUGGGGAGGUUUACCCUUCUUGGAGAUGGUAUGAAAAGCAAGAUGGUAUUAAACAUAUACAAAACAACAGCGAAGAUCAAGCUCCUGAGUUUUACAACAUUAUGUUAGAAAGGCCAAAGGGAGACCGAGAUGGAUAUGACUUGGUUUUUGUUGAUGCGAUGCACAAGGCCAACUAUGCGAGUAGAAUCUGCCACUCCUGCAACCCUAACUGCGAAGCAAAAGUGACAGCAGUGGAUGGUAAAUACCAGAUUGGAGUUUACACACUUCGACCAAUUGCAGAAGGCGAGGAAAUCACUUUUGAUUACAAUUCUGUAACUGAGAGCAAAGAAGAACAUGAAGCAUCAGUCUGCCUCUGUGGAAGUCAAGUAUGCCGCGGCAGCUAUUUGAAUUUUUCUGGUGAAGGAGCCUUUGAGAAGGUAUUAAUGGAAUUCCAUGGUGUGCUCGAUAGGCAUAGCCUGCUGCUACAGGCUUGCGAAACAGACUCUGUCUCUCAACAAGACUUAAUUGACUUGGGUAGAGCUGGUCUUGGUACCUGUUUGCUUGCUGGUUUGCCUGGAUGGCUUGUUGCUUACACGGCUAACCUGGUGCGGUUUAUAUACCUUGAGAGGCAGAAACUUCCUGAUGAGAUCUUAAGGCACAAUGUGGAUGAGAAGCGCCAGUUCCUUAUAGAAAUAAACAUGGACUCUGAGAAGAAUGAUGCUGAGGUUCAGGCAGAGGGAGUAUUAAAUUCAAGAUUACAGCAAAUAGUGCAUACACUUGACAAGGUGAGAUAUGUUAUGAGAUGCGUAUUUGGAGACCCAAAGAAUGCUCCUCCUCCUCUGGUAAGGUUGUCUGGGAAAAGUCUGGUAUCUGCCAUCUGGAAAGGGGACAGUUCGAUAGUUGCUGAACUCCUUCAGUCGAUGGAACCUCAUGUUGAAGAAGAGGUACUUAGUGAUCUGAAGGUCAAAAUCCGUGCUCAUGACCCGCCAGACUCUGAAGAUAUUGAGGGAGGCAUCCGGAAUUCUCUCUUGUGGUUGCGUGAUGAAUUGCGAACUCUUCCAUGCACUUACAAGUGCCGUCAUGAUGCUGCUGCAGAUUUGAUUCAUUUGUAUGCGUAUACAAAGUGCUUCUUCCGUGUCCGGGAUUACAAGACAGUAAAAUCCCCACCAGUUCAUAUCAGUCCGCUUGACUUAGGCCCCAAAUAUGCUGAUAAAUUGGGACCAGGCUUUCAGGAGUACUGCAAGACAUACCCAGAAAAUUAUUGCUUAGCCCAGCUUAUCUAUUGGUAUAGUCAGAAUUCAGAACCUGAAUCUAGAUUGACAAGAGCUAGAAAAGGUUGCAUGUCAUUGCCAGAUGUCUCGUCCUUCUAUGUGAAGUCUGCUAAGCCAUCGCAAGAGCGAGUUUAUGGAAACAGAACUGUGAGAUUCAUGUUAUCGCGCAUGGAAAAACAGGCACAGAGACCAUGGCCAAAGGAUAGGAUAUGGGUGUUCAAGAGUGAUCCAAGAUUCUUUGGUAGUCCAAUGAUGGACGCCGUGUUGAAUAAUUCCCCGCUUGACAAGGAGAUGGUGCAUUGGCUCAAGACGAGACCAAACGUUUUCCUAGGCUAGUAAAAAAGGAUUGUAGGCAGAUAAGAUGGUUUUGGUUGUUUCUCCCUUUUGGAGAUUUUAGUCUACAGGAUUCUUUUUCCGACUCACACCUUGGCUACCUGAUCAUGGGGAGUUUAGCUUUUAGAUAGCAGGGUAACAGUCUCACCACCCCCCAUCUGUACAUUCUCCUCUCCCUACCUUCCUUGUAGAAAUGUAUCUGGUUAAUAACUGAUAGAUUCGUCAUUGAUUUAAUGUAGUGAAUUUUCCCCAUAGGAAUCCUCCCUCUCUUUUGUUUCAUGUAAAUGCAGAACAAUUUCAAUCUUGAAUUCAGUAAUGAGUUACAGGCAUGUUGCAUUUCUAUGGUUCAGUUGGGCUGUUUCAGUCAAUAAAAUGGUUUGCAUGAGAUUUGAUGGUUGAAA